GGUGUGUUUGCAUUGGAGCCAAUUUGUAAAGGCUCAUUCAUUUUGGAGUACAGAGGAGUUUUGAAGAAGACUGAGAAAACUGCAGCAUGGAAUGAGUACACUUACAUCUUCAAACAUAAAGGAAUGGAAUAUUGCAUUGAUGCUUCAAGUGAAGAUGGGACACUUGGCAGACACGUGAAUGAUGCUGAAAAGCCGACUGCGAAAAUGAAAAAAAAUAGAGGUGGAUGGUGUACCCAGUCUGUGUUGGUUUGCCAUCGUUGACAUUGAGGAAGGGCAAGAAAUAACCUAUGACUACGGAGGAGAAAACCUGCCAUGGCGUUCUUGGCAAAGGCAUCAAAUAUGCAAGCCUAUGGCUCCAACUACAGUCGAGAAACCUGUUCUCCACACACCAGUUGUCUCUCCAUCUACAAGUCACAUUCCAGUCGUCUCUCCAUCUACAAGUCAAACACCAGUCGUCUCUCCAUCUACAAGUCAAUCACCAGUCGUCUCUCCAUCUACAAGUCAAACACCAGUCGUCUCUCCAUCUACAAGUCAAUCACCAGUCGUCUCUCCAUCUACAAGUCAAUCACCAGUCGUCUCUCCAUCUACAAGUCAAUCACCAGUCGUCUCUCCAUCUACAAGUCAAACACCAGUCGUCUCUCCAUCUACAAGUCAAUCACCAGUCGUCUCUCCAUCUACAAGUCAAUCACCAGUCGUCUCUCCAUCUACAAGUCAAUCACCAGUCGUCUCUCCAUCUACAAGUCAAUCACCAGUCGUCUCUCCAUCUACAAGUCAAUCACCAGUCGUCUCUCCAUCUACAAGUCAAUCACCAGUCGUCUCUCCAUCUACAAGUCAAACACCAGUCGUCUCUCCAUCUACAAGUCAAUCACCAGUCGUCUCUCCAUCUACAAGUCAAUCACCAGUCGUCUCUCCAUCUACAAGUCAAUCACCAGUCGUCUCUCCAUCUACAGGCCACACACCAUUCCUCUCCUCCACAGUGCUCCCUGAAGAGAAUGAAAGAGACUUCAGUGAAGAGGAGACAUUGGAUGAUGUAUGUGAUCCAGAAUACGUUCCAGGCUCAGAAAGUGACACAGAAGAUGAGGAACAAAUAAACAGC